AUGGCCGCACUACAAGAACUCCCGCCUCAAGCCUCCCUACGAGAAAAUCCACAAGGCAAAGAACAAGUAAAUAAAGCAAAGACUGCCGACUCAGAAAACAGAAAAGGCAAGAGAGAAGGAGAAACCGAAGCAGAAAGAGAGACCCGACAUCGAGCCCGACAUGAAAGACAUCGUAAAAGAAGAGUAGAUCGUGUUGUAUAUGUUGGAGGAGUAAAAACAAGUGGGAGGAGGAAUGUAGAAGGUAGGGAGGAGAAGCCGGGAAUGAUUGGUAAGAGUCGAAUGAGUAUUGGGCGGGGAAUUAUGGCGCUUGGAAAGGCGCUUGUGGGGGAUGGAUCUGGAGAUGGGAGGGAUGGUGAGAAUGGUGAGAAGGUGAAGAAGAGAGAGAAAGGUGAUAUGGGUGAUGAUGAAGAACAACAUAGACGGAGACGACGGAGGAGACGACAUGGUACUGUGGGGGAAAUUGGUGUGGAGCGCAAAGGCAGACAUGCUAAGGAUCGGAAAGUUCGAUUCAAUCUUAAAACAUUCACUCCACCACUAAGAAUCACCAACGAUGAGCAAGCCAAGGAAUCCAAAGAAGAAGAAGAAGCCCAGAAACCCAAACCACAUCCCCAAACGCCUCGUCUACGAACACUCAAAGAAACUCCCCAGCAACCCGAGUACGACCAAGAUAGCCUCCAAGAAAACCUACCAAAAGACCACGAAGCCCAACGUAAAGAGUGUGUUCCUCUUCUCGCCCCUGAACCCGCAAAAUCCCCACAAUCUCCGUCUUCAGCAGCAAAAGAAGCAGACGAACAGCGACAAGCGAAGGAAGCCGAGGAACGAAGAAUGAUCGAAGGCAAAAAGCAGCAAAUAGCCAACCGCGCUCGAGAAGAACGCGAAAAAGCCGACCGGGACCGAAAAGAACAAGCAGCCAUACAACUCCGCGCCGCCGAAGCCGAGAAAGCGAGACAGAAACAAGAGGAGUGGGAGCGUGCUAUGAAAGAGAGGCAGGCACUAGAGAAAGAAAAAGAGAAUCGUCGUAGAAACGAAUCGAUGCGUCGAGCCGCGGAAGAACGUGUUGCAAGGGAGAAAAAGGAGCAAGAAAAUGCACGGCGAUUGCAGAGAGAACGAGAGGAUAAUGAACGUCAGGAACGAAUUGCAGGAGAAAAACAGGAGCAAGAAAGAAGACGUCAAGAAGCCGAGCGUCUCAAACAGCAAGAACUUGAAGCUUGGCGUCAAGCAGACGCUACUCAGCGUGCCCAAAGACGAAGAGAGGAACAGGAGCGCUUAGCACGGGAGAAGCAGCGCCAGGAAGAAGCCCGUCGCAAAGCAGAAGCAGCUCGUCUUGCAAGAGCUAAACAAGAAGAAGAAAAUGCACGUCGUAUCGCUGCAGCCGAGCGUCUCUUACUCGAAAGAGAAAGACAGCAGCAACAAGAAGCCCAGCGCCACCUGGAGACUCAACGAAAAGCUCUCGAAUUAGAGAUGCAGGAACAUGCGCGUCGCAAAGCGGAAGCAGCUCGUCUGGAGAGAGCCAAGCAAGAAGAAGAAAACGCACGUCGUAUUGCUGCAGCCGAGCGUCUCCUAAUUGAAAAACAACAACAACAACAACAAAAAGAAGCCCAGCGUCACCUCGAAGCUCAACAAGUAGCUCAACGAAAAGCUCUCGAAUUAGAGAAGCAAGAAGAAACCCGCCGUAAAGCCGAAGCCGAGCGUCUCCUAAUUGAAAAGCAACGACAGCAGCAAAAACAACAACAACAAAAAGAAGCCCAGCGUCACCUCGAAGCCCAACAAAAAGCUUUCGAUUUAGAGAUACAAGAACGUGUACAUCGUAUUGCUGCAGCCGAAGCCGAAGCUGAGCGACUCAUACUCGAAAGACAACGGCAGGCCGACGCAGAAGCCGAAGCCGAAGAACUUGCACGUCGCAACCAAAAAGAGGCGCGCAUAGCCGCCGCGAAAAACGAACCAGGGCGGCGCUUUUACAAAGACCACGAGCCAGCUCGUAUCAUAUUACGCGCCAAUGUACCUAUACCUGGAGAAAACACACCUGCUGCGCGGAAAGAAGCUGCUUUAUUACUUUUGCAGAAAGGUAAGGGAAAAGAGAAGCAAAAUCAAGAAACACAUAUCCACAAAAAAGCCGCACCUAUUCAACCUAUUCUGCCUCCUAUACCACUACAACAACAGAAGCGCGCUGCAGCCCUCGAGAAACAGGGGUGGCAUGGCGAUGUUUUUGUUGGGAAAUUGACUGCUGAAAAUCUUGAGCGCAAUCUUAAUGCCGGAAAUGGGAAUGGGAAUGGGAAUGCAAACGAAGCGCAACCAAAACGCUGCAUAGGAAAUAUGGAGCGCACGAUACUCGAAGGAGUUGUACUGAUGAACGCAGAGGAGAUACGAGCGAGAGGGAGAGAGAGUGAGAGAGAGAAUGAGAUUGAAUGUGGAGGGAAGAGGGAGAAGCUGGAGAGGUCGGAAAAGAGGUGUAUAGGGAAUAUGGAGAGGACUAUUUUGGAGGGGUUUGUGCCGAUGAGUGAGGAGGAGAUUAGGCUGAAUAGGCUGAGGAAGAGGUUUGGAGGAUAA